GAGUCAGAAUUUUGUCUUUUCCGUUGUCAAGACGAGGUGUAAUAAAAGGGGAACUGGUCUGUUUGGAUCUGUAUAAUCACUGUAUAGAAAGUGAAGAUAAAAUGUUUCACGUGUAGCGAUCCAUGUUAAUAUGUCAAUACUUCUUAAUUUUAUAUGUUUGUAAUAUAUUAUGAUAGCAACGAUAGUAAUUAGUAAUAAUCGUUAUAACGAUGACGAUAACGUUUAUUACGAUGUUGCACCCUAAGUGGCAAUGGUGGAGCAAGAACUCGUAAUUAUUUUCAGUCUCAAAUGCCUAACAUAAAAUGUGACUAGACUUUCAAGAUUAUAUAUCAUUUAACUAAUUAAAUAACGAAAUUAACAUGUUACAUUCAAUGGGAACAUUAUCGCCGCAAGAUAUACUGUCCGAGGUUAGAAAAUUCAUUUCAGGUGCUGUUAGACCAACUCAUAGUACAAGUACCCUUGAUGUAACUCGAACAGCAUUAUCGUUACUUCGAAAUGUACCUGCCGCAAGAGAUGCGGUGCUUGAAUAUUUUUGCAACGUGUUUUUCGUUGCGGUAACGAAACAUGUUCGUCAAAUUGAAACGAACCAAAAUCUUACAAUAUGCGAGGAGACUAUCAUAGCAGAAAUUCAUACAGUUUUAAGUAGCUUCAUUAAUGGAAAUCCGGAAGCAUGGGCACCAAUUAUAUCAGCAUGGUCGUUGGAACUACUGGGUAAACUCUCUUCGGAUUAUGCAAAACGUGGCAAUUUACCUAUCAAUGCUGGAAUCAAUGAUUUUCUUCAACAGUGGAUGUCUUGUCGUGCUACCCGGACACUGAUCGAUAUUACUGCUCAAUGCCUUCAGUGUCUUAUGCACUCGGACACAGAGUCUUGCAUAAAAGCAUUAUUAGAUACCAGCGUAUUGCACAGCCCUCAUUUCGACUGGGUAGUUGCUCACGUCGGAAGUUGUUUUCCAAACACAGUUAUCACCAGAGUAUUAUCAUGCGGUCUAAAAGAUUUUUUUACAAUGGAUCAUAAGCACACCAUUAAAAACCCUAAAUUAAAUUCAGUCGUUGGAAUUUUGGGGCAUUUAGCUGGCAGCCACUUUCAAGAUAUCAGAACAGCACUGUUGGAUCUUUUCAAAUGGAGUUUAGAAGAAGAUAUGAAUGUGGAUGAAGAUACCAAGAAGCAGAAACUAGCCACUGUUCCAUUUCUUCUGAAUUUAGCAUCCCUCUCGCAGACUCUUUUAAAAGCAAUAACCAGCGAUGUUCUACAAACCUUGAAACCAGACAUAAUUCCUCAAUUAGCAUUAUUUGCAUCAGAUUGGUGCAAGUACUUCGAUAAUCAGCCGGAAGCUCUUAUAGACUUAACUGUUCACCUGAUAUUAGAAUGCGAACAGGGUGCAUCUCAAAUAAUAAAUAUCUUGUUAGAUACUACUUUAAAUACAAGCAACGUUGGGUAUCACAGCGUGAAUGCCGCUCAAAGUGUGAAGAAUGUGUGUUCUGAAAUCCUAGAAUUGGUACUGCAAGAAAUUGAUUUGCUCUUAAGAACACAUGGACCACAGUCUGCAAAUAUCGCUUUAUUAAAUUCUAUAAAGCAAGAAUUGCCAGUAAUAUUACCAUUACUUCUGAAUCCAAAUCCUUUACGAGUCCAAACAGCUGUAAGAUUGUUGUGCUUCCUUGGAAGUCAAAAUUCUAAUACAUUGAUAUCAGCUGCCUCGUACGUGUUAGUCAAAGCAGCAACGACUUUCCAUCUGGCCGCAUUAAUACGUCUUAUUUCCAAUAAUAUCGUACUUUUCUCUUCGACUAAAUCUGAAACAGAAAAUGCAUUAGCCAGUCAUGGUUACUUUACACAGGUGGUAGAACAAGCCCUUAGAGAAAUAAAUUAUAAAAGUGUUAUAGAGAAACAAGAAACAAGGCAACUAUUCCAGAAUCUUACAAUACUUCUGAAAUGGGAGAAAUCAAACAAAGCAUCGAUAUUCAGGUCAAAAAUGAUUUCACAGGCUAUCAAAUUAAAUUUGUAUCAAAUCUCUACUUUACUGAUGAAAACAGGUGACUUUAAUCUGGCAAACGAUAUCGCUAAAUUGUUGGAUUUAUUCAGUAUGCCCGAGAAAGAUCAUUUUGCACCGAAUAUAGAGCUUACAUUAAAAUUAACACGAGCCAUCAUUCAGUAUUUCUUUUUGUGCAUAACAGAAAAUGAUAUUACCAAGAAACAGCAAGGAGUAAGAAUAGUUUGUCAUUUACUGAAGGAUUUGACUUCUUACUCGCCAUGUGCCAGGGUAUUGGCUUUGAGAGAAUUUUUAGGGCAUGGUAUCAACAAUGAUGCUGCCAAAUGUUUUGGAGCAAAGGAGAAGUUUGAACCGAAGUUCGAGGAAACGUUACUUUUACACCAAAAUCAUAAACAGGUGACAAGCACAAUGUUAGCUCAGAAACAUUCCUCUGUGUUCCAUGCUGGUGUGAUUGGCCAUGGUCCCCGAAGGCCACCCCCAGAAAAUACUCUUUGCAAAGAUACCAUCACUCUAAACAAAAUAUUACUAAUGGAUGUGAUAAAGGCAUGUUGUAAUAACCGGGAGUCAGAGAGGUAUCCUGUAAACCUAGAUGCUUUAACAAUGGUCAGUUUGCUGUUGGUCGAGUUAGUCUCACCUGAUGUUAUGUACAAUGGGUUACCUUGGCCUGAUGAAGAAUUCACAAAGGUUACCAUAGAGAGAGACUUGCAAAUCCGUCGAACGUUCAAAGAUGUCCCAUUGUUAUGGACAUUGUUGGAGUUGACUGCUUGGUACCGGCCGGCAUUGGCCUAUUGUUCGGUUUUAUUAAGAGGCAUUGCUGCCACCGUUAUGGCUAAUUGGAACACGGAAGAAGGUGUAUCACUUGUAAGCGUUAUGGCACUUGGCCAGUUAUUACCACCCCCAUUGGCAAGCAUAAGAGACAUUUUGCCAGUUUUGGAACCGCAUCAGAUAAAUAUUAUAAUGAAAGAAUGCGUGUGGGCUUAUAUGCGUGAAAACGUUCCUUCGCCAGCCCUUUUUACCCGUAGCGAAGGAGCUAACAUCGCUUGGAGAGACACAGAUACCUCUGCUCCGAACGGCAGAUUCACGGAAAUCCUUCGUUUAGUUUUGUUAUCGAAUAUUCAUACCUUGGGCUCGCUUUAUGCUACCCUGUUUUAUAACGAGAACAAAUAAUCAAUCAACGAAUCGUUCUUUUGUACAUAUUUCUGUAUAUAGAGUGAUAACAAUUUUGUAUAUUGAUAUUAAAGAAAUGUUUCAAUUAAAUAUUUAUGCGCUUAUUUCUUCCCACGACGAACGCUUUUGGAAUUAAUUUAUUUAAUUACACAUACGGAACGCACGUCCUCGAUAUUUAUUAAAUACUGUAAAAGUUAUAAACUUUUAAAUAUUUCAUGUAUAUGUAUAUAGAUUAAUAUGUCUAAAUUUCAGUGAAAUUGUAUAACAAUAAUCAACAUUUUAGAACAUAUUUUAAUAACAAUUUUUCUAAAUCUCUGCUUCAACAGAAAAUAACGCAGGUCGAAUCAGGAGCGAAAUAAAGACAAAAAUAAUAAAUUUUAAUUUUUAUAAAAACACAUUUUCCUAAAUACAUACAAGAAACAAGUAUCAGUUUACUUUGUAUCAUUAUCAAUAUAGGAAUGAUGAUAUCUAUGAUGAGCGAACACUGUUCGAAAUAGAUUUUGUACGAAUAACCCUAGGUGGGUGUCUCGUCCUGACGAAAUGAUUAUACAAUAUGCAAUGGUUCGAUUUAUACACGUUACGAUUAAUAAUCGUACGUUACAAGAGUCUCUCGUACGACUCCAUUAUCGGUUGGAGCACUAAAACACUAGUAAAAAAUGUUGAAAAUAUUUAAUUACUUUUUUUUUUUCCUAUGUACACUGCUCGUUGUAUGAAAGAUAUAUCUUAUAAGUAAAUCCAGUACAUUCGAGCAACAUUGAAUGCCUGUAUUUACACCCGAGCAUUUAAUAUAUUAUGGUCAAGUACGAAUGUCUACGCUGUGUCAACACGGUAAUGUCUUGUAAUGUUAAUGACACAGUGUAGAAUCGCUUUCAAUGUUUCAUAUAUAUAUGUAUAUAUAAAAAACGAUUUUGUUUUUCAUGACACAUAAAUAAAAAUUAACAGUUGCAAAAAUCGCCGACGAUAGUUAUACAAUUGAUAGAUGUUAAUCAAUUAAAUAUUCCAUGAAUGUACGACAAGCAUAUUUGAAUAAACUUUUUCAAGAAAAAAAAA